GGCUGGAAGGAGGGGCCCCGGGGCGCGGCGGCCGGAGCGGGCUGGGCGGUGUCCCGGCCCCGGGGCGUUGCCGCUCUUGGCGCCGCUGGAGCAGCUGCRGCUCUACCCCGAGCGGCUGUCGAGCGGCGUGUGCGUGUGUGUUUGUGGGGCGGGCAGCCAUGCGGCGCUGGAGGCUCCUUCUCUUCCCGGUGCUCCUCGCCGGCCUGGUCUCCGUCAGAGGCCAAGAUGACUUCUCCUUAGGAGAUGCACUUCCUGAAGAAAGUACAAAGAAGCCUCCUGUGACUCAGAAGACACCAUCAUCAGAUCCAGAUGAUUUUGACUUGAUCCAUGCUCUUAGUCCUGAUGAUUCCAAGCCACAUCCUCCUGCAAAUCCUGGAGACACUGAUAACCCCAAGCGAGAUCCACCUAAAGGCUCUGACACAUUUGAUGACUUAGAUCUAUUGGAUGGCAAUUCACCAAAAGGAGGAGGUGAUGGCAGUGGCAGCAAUGAAAGAAAGGGUCCAACUCCAAAAAAUGGCCAAGAAGAUGAGGCUUCUCAGGGAGCAAUAGCUGGAAUUGUAAGUGCUGUGGCUGCUACUGUAAUUGGAGCAGUAUCUAGUUUCAUUGCUUACCAGAAGAAAAAGCUCUGUUUCAAGCAAAGCGCAGAUGAAGAGAAUGUAAAUAUGGACAGCCACAGGGGAGCACAAUCUGAGCCACCUGUUCAGCGCACACUUCUGGAAAACUAAAUAAAAGAAAGAGUGAUGAAGAACAGAUCUUUGGAACUGGAUAAAAAACCUGCAAUUCUGCCUGAAGAAAAAAAAAAAAGGAAAAAAAAAAAAAAA